CGAUAAUUUUGAUAACGGGCCCUUUAGCCCACUUUCGUUUUUCGUUCACUAUCUUAACGUUUGUUUGUUGUGUUGGGGAGAAUAAAUUUUACUGUUUUAGUUGAAUCUGGCAAACGAUAUUCUCUCUCUGCCUCUAUUUUCUCCUUCUUCUUCGUCGGUCAUCCAGGGAGGUUCCUCCGCCGAUCUCGCUUAUCGCGACGCCGCAGCUCCUCUUCAUCCGUCAGGUUCCAUCUUCGCUUUCCAAUCUCAUUUGUCUCAAUGAGCGAUGUUGAAUUCGAGUUCGUUGUUCGGAUGCGUUUGAAUAAUUGCGCUUUUCUCGGUUCGAUCUGGUGCUUUUGUGUAGAUAAAACCGUUUGAAUUUUCCGUCCAGGAAUGCCUCUGCCUGUUUUCUCGUGAUCGAUUUUUGAUUUAUGAGUCUUAGAAAUCUGAAUGAAUUGCCAUGAUCUUGUCGUAGAUUGCUCGGAUCUGGAGCUCUGUGUUUAGGGUUUAUCAUCCUGAAAUCUGAUGCCAUGAUUAGAUUGGUUGUGUUGUUUCUCAUUCUCUUGUUGCUGUUCGUCCUGGCUUGGGGCUUCAUAAGCCCCAGGCAUGAAGAGAAAACUGAUAUUCGCCAGUGUUUAUGGUUUAAAAUUCGCAUUCGAUUUAGUUCAUCUAAAGUAGGCGAAGAGUUGUCAAUGGAAUAAUGUUUUUUUCUGCUAGAAUGUGUAAUCAUGUAGUUUGUAUCUUCAAGCUGUAACCAUUUCAUUAACUGGGACUUAGAGUACCUGCUAUGUUUGCUGCAGUCAAUGUUUGUUGGAUAACGUGAUAACAAGAUGAACUGUAAUGGGUCAAUUCUAUGAUGAAUUGAUAGGUUAAUUCUCCCUGUUCAUGAAUGGAACAAGAGGUUAUUUGUGGUAAAUUAUAUUUCCUGAUUUAUGUCAUUCUGUUAUAGGGUGGAAACUUCAUUGGGACCAAAAAUGCCUUUACAGAAGAUUGAAACUGGCCAUGAGGACACAGUCCACGAUGUUCAGAUGGAUUACUAUGGUAAGCGCAUUGCAACAGCAUCAGCAGACCAUUCCAUCAAGAUAAUUGGAGUAAGCAACAAUACCUCUCAGCCUCUAGCUAAGCUCACCGGUCAUCAAGGCCCCGUUUGGCAAGUAUCCUGGGCUCACCCUAAAUUUGGGUCCUUGCUCGCUUCCUGCUCCUAUGAUGGACGUGUAAUUUUGUGGAAGGAGGGCAAUGCAAAUGAGUGGACCCAAGCCCAUAUCUUUGACGACCACAAGUCAUCUGUCAACUCCAUCGCUUGGGCACCACAUGAACUUGGGCUAUGUUUGGCUUGUGGGUCAUCUGAUGGCAACAUAUCGGUCUUCAGUGCACGAGCAGACGGUGGCUGGGACACAUCGAGGAUCGAUCAAGCUCACCCGGUCGGCGUCACAUCUGUUUCUUGGGCUCCAUCAACUGCCCCAGGCGCCCUCGUGGGGUCCGGUAUGCUCGACCCAGUUCAGAAGCUCUGCUCUGGAGGCUGUGACAACACGGUGAAAGUGUGGAAGCUGUCCAAUGGGACAUGGAAGAUGGACUGCUUCCCUGCACUUCAGAUGCACGCGGAUUGGGUGAGAGAUGUGGCCUGGGCACCGAACUUGGGCCUCCCCAAGUCCACCAUUGCUAGUGCAUCCCAAGAUGGGAAGGUCAUCAUAUGGACCGUGGCCAAAGAAGGGGAGCAGUGGGAAGGCAAAGUGUUGAAUGAUUUCAAGACUCCCGUGUGGAGGGUUUCGUGGUCGCUCACAGGAAACAUUCUGGCUGUUGCGGAUGGGAACAACUCUGUUACGCUCUGGAGAGAAGCUGUAGAUGGUGAAUGGCAGCAGGUCACGACCGUGGAUUAAGUACGAUAACCUGAAGAGUCUGUGUUCAAUACUUGUUUCCCCCUCCAUCCCCUCUAGUACUUCAUUAUGGUCUUAAAGUUCUAUUUUAUGUUGUCGCGUGCAGAGACUUCUUCUUGGGGGAGGGUCUUACUCUUAGUUUGGUUCUUUUUUUCUUUUUCUCUCUCUUUUGCAAGUUAACAUGGUUUUGAAAUGGGAAGCAUAUUUGCAGGAUGAUUUGGACUCUAAAUACUUAGAGCAGUAGCUUCUAUUUUGGAAUGGGAGUACAUUAUAGUUUUAUUCAUGAGCUGUCUCACGCCAAAUUGGACAGAACGUCCAAACCUUGACACAACAGACUUCACCUUCCACUUCCUUAUACUCCAAUGCAACAUGUUAUCCUAGUUUGUUAUCUCUUGUGUUGGCGCGAAAUACUUCAAAUAAGAUUUAAUAAUAUGC